CGUGUUACAAAGAGGAAGUUGAUAAACUGACGUUUGUUGUUGUUUUUUGCUGGAUCAUCACAAGACGCACAGCAUGUGAUGUUGAGCAGACUGCUCUACUGGGUUUAAGUGGUGAUUAGAUUAAACAAGAUGGAAACGUGUUUCAGAGCCUUUUAAUGCUGCUAAAAUGGUCCGUGUGUAUAACUGCCACCCGUUCGCGUGUCAGCGGAUCGUCCCGGCGACGCAGGAGCCCGGGCUGGUGUGUAGCGGCGGGGGCGCGCUGUUCAUCGUGUCCGCUGGAGGAUGUAAGAUCGAGGUGUAUCACAUACAGCAGGACGAAUGUCCUCUAAUCUGUCGCUUUUCCACCAUGGGCUUAGUGCACAGUAUUGUGUACAGUCAGAUCGGGGAUUACCUGGUCACCAUUGAGGAGAAGAAUGGUGCUACCUACCUGAGGGCCUACACUAAUUGGCGCUACCAAGCAGUUGAGAAGAAGCGUGUAGGCGUUCGCUUGCUCGGGCACCUCAUGCGCAGUCCGGUCCACCAUGGCACCCCCAAAGAACAGAUGGAGAUUGUAGAGAUACCUUUGUCAGAGACACCGCUCUGCACUGCUUGCUGCUCCAUCACAGGUGCCCUGCUGGUGGCUUGUGCAAAGAGCCUGGUGCUGUUUAGUCUGAAGUUGCAGUCGCUUAGUGAUCAGCAUUAUGCUCUUGACUUUGAGAGGCUCCUCAUCCUGUAUGUUUCUGGUUGGAGCCCAUCACAGGUGGCACUCUGUGGUGGGUACAUUGCCAUGCAAACAGAACUGGAGGUACUGGUUGUGAAGCUGGAGAACCUGGAAAAGAUUUGUGCAUCUAAUGAAGAGCAUACGCAGCUGCAUGGUGAUGAUACGGCUGCAGUUGGUGUUACUGAAAAUGAUGUUAAAAAGGAGCCACAUUGUCCCCUUGAGUCUGAUGACUACUUUGUGAUCCCGAAGCAUAUGGAGAUGCUGGGAGAUAAAGCAAAGGAUUGUGGAGUGUCCCUAUCUUUAGAGUGGACUGUAAUGGAGACAGAGGCAAACAUGGGGGUUACCUACAUCUUGUACAGGAGGUUUGCCCCAGAUUUCUUCCAAGGCUGCACUGUGGAGGACACACGUUUGCACUCCCUGCAGCUCCACCCCUUGUACACUGGUAAUCCGGAUGCAAGCAGUGAUGCUGAAAAAAGUGACCCUACCUGUAUGUUCUGUUUCUUUUCUCUACCAAAUGCUGGUUACAUGUACAGCCUGAAGAACACCGUGGAGCUCAUUUCAACAUACCAGUACCCAGAAAAGGCCCAUCAGGCUUUGCUGUGCAACCAGUUUCUACAUGUUAUCACACAAAAUGCUCUGCAGUGUUUCUCUGUGAGAUGUAGUGCCGUUGCUGCUAGGGUCGAGGACCCCUACAUUGACACCACCAUGAAGGCUUGUCCUCCUUUCACUAUGGAAGUUUCUGCUCUCCGUAUACAGCUGUUCAUCGGUCUCAAGUCUCUGUGUCAUGAUGGAAAUCACAUUGUGCUGCUCACAGCUGCUGACGUUGAGACCAAAGAGGAGACAGAGCGGGUGACUAGAAGAUCUAUCAAAUCAAAAGAACAGAAAUCAAUGGCAGAGAUUUUCCUAGCCGUAGGUAUAGAUCCAACCACCAGCCCAGCUCUGGAGAGCUUCCUGUCCAGGUCCUUCCUAUCCAAGAAAACCUCUGUGUCAAAGCUGAAGGAGCCCAGCGAGAGUGGCCAUGGCUGGAACCUGUACGUGAUAAGCACCGUGUCCACGCUGCAGCUCUACAGAGAGAUGAUGGAGUACAGUAAACGUUACGAGCAGGCCAGCCCACUGUCCCAGAACUAUAUUCAUUUGCUUAGUGAAGCUCAUUUGCUGCUGAGAGCCAGUCUGCUCUGUCCAAACGCAGACAGAGCCAAGAUCCAGGAAGCUUUUCAGGAGAGCUGUGCCCAGCUGGGAGACUGCUUCAGCAGGCAGGAAAAGCGGGAUUGUCACUUGGCUCUUCCAUACUACAAAAUGUCUGGCCUGUCAGUGACGGAAGUGAUCCAGAGAAACGUUGCAGUAUGCAGGGGUCCUGCUCCUGAUUAUGGGAAAGGCUUUCUUUUCUUCCUGAAGCACUCCCUCUAUGAGGAAAGCAUGGAAGAACUCAGCGAAGAAACUGCUAACACUGUGUUGGAGAUCUUCAGUAAAGCCGAGCCGGGCCAGCUCCCGUACGUAGUGAGCAGCUUAUUCAUGAAGAACGCUAAUCCAGCCUGUGUACGUGCACACCUAGAGCAGCUGGAGCUCAGUGGCGCUCCGUCUGUCACAGUCACGCUGUGUAAGGCUGCUCAGUCACUGCGCUUAGGAGACCUGCAGUACUACCAACAGCAAAUGGAUCGGCAUGCCGAGAUGCUGCAGGUGUACGGCUUCAUAGAGGAGCCUAAGCUUCUUGUGCAUCGCAAAGGGAAGGCCGUGGUUCCCACUCAGCUAGCACGGCACCUACGGGACACCCAGGACGGCCUUCUGGUGGCUGCCGUCGUGGCACUCCAUGAGAACAGCAAGGUCAAACUGGAAGAGGCUGAACUCUUCUUUCAGGAGUUGUGUAAGGACAGCGCAGAGUCUCAGAGCAUUCCUCAGCAGCUGGUAGAUUUCUGGGAGGCUCUGCUGGUAGCAUCAUCUCAGGAAUCAAUAGUCCAGGAGCUUUUGUUCCACCUCACCUCUGUGUACAUCGAACGCAUCAUGUGCAGAGAGCGCUCAGGCAUUAAAGCACUCAAAACAGCUGAAGACUUGAUCAACUCCUGUUCUCACUAUGGAUCACUGUUCCCAUGGUUGAGCUUUCUGACUCCCGCUCGGUUCAACAUCACACAUGACCACCAAGAAGACCUUCAGAAACUUCAGUCUCUGCUGUGUGGCCCAACGCUGGACGUUUCCUCCGUUGUGCCUCUGCUAGAACAGCUAUCUGAUGAGGAUAACACUGGCCUUAGCGUGCACGUGCUUUGUGCCACCAAACUGGGUCAGCAUGAGAGAGCCAUCGAGAAGCUACUGGACCGCUGCCCUCAUGCCAUCAUCUUCUAUGCCAACUAUGAGUUACAUAGCGACAAAAUGGCCUUGUGGUGGCAGAAGCUAUUUCCUGAGCUUUGUGAGAGGACACGGCUUUCUUCAGGAGACAAUGGCGUUUUACUCACUGCUCUCAAAGAGACUCUGGGAGUGGUGGCCAUGGAGCUGAACCCAGUAGAGUUUUUGGACUUGUUACCAGACGAUGGUACUGCACACUUCUUCUUGCCUCAUCUUCUGAAAUGUAGCCAGAAGCAUCUCCUUACAUGACAUGCAGGACAUCAUACCAUUCCACUCCUAGUUUGUACAAUCAUAUAAGCUAACACAUGAAUAGAAAAUUGUUUGGGAUAAUAUUAAUAGCAAAAUAUUAACCUAGUAACAGUUUUAUAUUUCUUAUAAUAUACAUUUAUUAUAAUAUACAGACAUAUAGGUAAAUAUUACACCCCUAAUAGCAUUAAGAUAAUGUUUAUUAAAGUAUUCUGUGUAGAAUAUGAGUUCAGGAGCAACACAAUCUGCUUGUUAGUAAAUCAAGUUCAAUAAUUGUGGCACAAAACAUAUGUAAUAUUUGUUUGGUUAUAUGAUAUGUCUCAUGAUAUGUGAUAUGUCAAUUCAGUUCCCAACUCGAACUGAAUGCUGGUUUGCUCAUUAUUGAUUUGUAUUGUUUAUAUAUAAGACAAUCAACAGUACAUAGCCUGAAUAUGAUGCUUUAGUAUAAUGGCCUAAAUAGUGAAUUUCAGAUAUUAUAUUUUGUUUUGUUUUUUCCACAGUUUGUCUUUGGGUUCUCCAUAUUUCUGAAAUGACCUAUUAAAACACGUAUCUAUUUAAAAGCCUCCAUUAUAAAGGUGGACGUUAUAACAACAGAGAAUAUAAGUCGAAUCUUCUGGAUGUAGUAAAUAUUUCAUGUUUUUACAUCUAGUUUGAUUUGAUUAUUAUGAUACACCUCGGUGUUUAAUGUUAGCCCAGUAAUGGUGAGGUUUUUUAACGCUUUGAAAAAGAUACAUGUACUUAUAUUUACAUUCAUAUAGUCAUUCGUAGCACUUCUGUCAUGAAUCAUAAUUCUGGAGUCAUAACAGAUUCACUGUCAAAAUUACGAUCAAAACUACUAUCUAUAAACUAUUAUAUAAAAUCUUUGGGCCAUUAUUCUAAAACAUCAUAUUCAUCAUCUGAAUUUAACACUUAAAAUAGAAAAAGUUUGUGUUGCAAAUAAUUUUUUUUACACAACUGCCUCAGGUUAUGAUAUGAACAUUACAAUCAUGUGAGCUCAAGCAAGAACAAGGUAACUGAUACUGCUUAGUCGCUUACUCUGAGAACUAUUUAGGGUUUAGGCUAUAGGAAUUUUUUUAAUAUUCCUUCUUCUAUGCAGGUUUAUGUACUAAUUACUGCAAUUCUCAGCUAUACCACUGGAGUCUUUUAGUUCUGUAAACUAAACUAAACCAAAAGUCAUUAGCAAUAUAUGCUUUUCUUGGUUGCCAUCUUAUGACACAUGGAUGUAAGUAUUUGCACAUUUAGCACUUAUGUGUAUUUUAUCUAUUGUGUGCUGAUAUUUAAAAUACAUUUGUCUUCUUUCUCUUUUUAUGCUUUUUUUUAUUAAAUUAUGCAAAAUAUCA